AUGGUCCUUUCACACAAAAGCACGCACAUAUUCCCUACCGAUUUUGCCUCCGUUUCACGCGCUUUUUUCAAUAGAUAUCCCAAUCCAUACUCCCCCCAUGUGCUUUCUAUAGAUACGAUAUCAAGGAAAGUGGACCAGGAGGGAAAUCUACGCACGACAAGGCUGCUGAAGAAGUCAGGAAAGUUGCCUACCUGGGUCAAACCCUUUUUGAGAGGUAUAACAGAGACAUGGAUUAUCGAAGUUUCGGUAGUCAAUCCCGCUAACUCCACGAUGAGGACGUACACCAGGAACCUGGAUCAUACCGGAAUCAUGAAGGUAGAAGAGUACACGACCUACCAAUUCGACGGCACUACGAGUAGCACGAUAGCAGAAAGCCAGGUAAAGUUUUCUAGCGGCUUCAAUAUGGGCAUCAAAUCAAAAGUGGAGGAUUGGUCGCGCACCAAAUUCGAUGAAAACGUCAAGAAAAGUAGAAUGGGCAUGGCAUUUGUCAUCCAGAAACUCGAAGAGGCAAGAUCUCCCCAGUUUUAA